UAAGAAAAAAUUUUCCCUCUGUUUCCGUUUUCAUUGAAUCCCAAGCCUCCUAACUCUCAUUAAUAUGGAGAUUAAUAACGUAAUUAAUGCGUGAUUAGUAAAAGCAUUAACACUUCUUCUUCUUCUUCUUCUUCUUCUUCUUCUUCUCUUCAAUAAAACUCUCGUCUUUUGUUUCUUCGCCGCAUCGGCUGAGCGAGAAGAGAAGGAGAAGAUCAGGCGUGAAUGGCGAGUUGAGAACUUAGAACGGAUGCCCUAGCGGAAUCCUUGAAGAAAGGUAGGACAUUGAUCCAUGGUUGAAGAAAAGCUCGCAUUUUGAUCCAUUUGCAGAGCUAUCUCGCAUUUUCGACAAUGGCGCCGCCGUUCAGUUGGUGGGCGAACGAGAAGCACCGGGGGACGCCGGUGGUGGUGAAGAUGGAAAACCCUAACUGGUCCAUGGUGGAGAUCUCGUCGCCGGAUGACGCUGACGUCGAUCCCUUCUCCGGCGCCGGCGUAUCCAAAGGGGGGAAGAAUAAAAACGCUAAGCAAAUCACUUGGGUUCUCCUUCUCAAAGCUCACCGCGCCGCCGGUUGCCUGACUUCCCUUGCCUCCGCGUUCUUCGCCCUCGCCGGUGCCGUUCGUCGCCGCGUCGCCGCCGGCCAUACCGACGCCUCCGACACCGCUCCCCCUUCCGAGAACCCUCUAAUCCGAACUCGCUUUUAUACCUUCAUCAAAGCUUUCCUCUUUCUCUCCAUCCUUCUCCUCUCUGUGGAAAUCGUCGCUUUCUUCAAUGGCUACCAUCUCGCCGACGCCGCCGAUCUCCGCCGCCUCUCAUUCUCCUCAUCAGCCGUCGUGGCCUCCUUCGCCCACUCCUUAUACUCUCACUGGCUCCGAAUCCGCGUGGAUUUCCUGGCUCCGCCGCUCCAGUUCCUUGCCAACGUCUGCGUCGUUCUCUUCAUCAUCCAAAGCGCUGACCGCUUGAUCCUUUGCCUCGGCUGCUUCUGGAUAAAAUUCAAACGCAUCAAGCCGUCGCCGCAGCUAACCAACGCCGGCCGUGAUCCCGAAGCCGGCCGUGAGGUCUUCCCCAUGGUCCUCGUCCAAAUUCCAAUGUGCAAUGAGAGAGAAGUGUACCAGCAAUCCAUUGCUGCUGUUUGUAACCUUGACUGGCCGAAAUCGAACAUGUUAGUGCAGGUUCUUGAUGACUCUGAUGACCCGACAACGCAGUCCUUGAUCAAGGAUGAAGUUGCGAAAUGGCAUCAGAAUGGAGCUCGUAUUGUCUACCGGCAUAGAGUUAUUAGAGAUGGAUACAAAGCCGGUAACCUCAAGUCUGCCAUGAAUUGUAGCUACGUUAAGGAUUAUGAAUUUGUUGUCAUCUUUGAUGCUGAUUUCCAGCCGACACCGGACUUUCUCAAACGCACUGUGCCGCAUUUUGAGGGCAAUGAGGAUGUUGGGCUGGUGCAGGCUCGAUGGUCUUUUGUGAACAAAGAUGAGAAUUUGCUCACAAGAUUGCAGUACAUUAAUCUCUGCUUUCACUUUGAGGUGGAGCAGCAGGUGAAUGGAUUGUUCCUCAAUUUCUUCGGGUUUAAUGGCACUGCCGGUGUUUGGAGGAUUAAGGCGUUGGAGGAUGCUGGAGGAUGGCUUGAGAGGACCACGGUUGAAGACAUGGACAUUGCUGUCAGAGCUCAUCUCAAGGGCUGGAAGUUUGUCUUCCUCAAUGAUGUCGAGUGUCAAUGUGAAUUGCCGGAGUCUUACGAAGCUUAUCGGAAGCAGCAACAUCGGUGGCACUCCGGACCAAUGCAAUUGUUCCGAUUAUGCUUACCAGACAUUAUUAGAGCAAAGAUUGGAUUCUGGAAGAAAUUCAAUUUGAUAUUUCUGUUCUUCCUACUCCGAAAGCUUAUAUUGCCGUUCUAUUCGUUCACUUUGUUUUGUGUCAUCCUACCGAUGACAAUGUUUGUACCUGAAGCAGAGCUUCCAGCAUGGGUUGUUUGCUACAUUCCAGCAACAAUGUCAUUCCUCAACAUCCUUCCUGUGCUGAGAUCAUUUCCGUUCAUAGUUCCAUAUCUUCUAUUCGAGAACACAAUGUCAGUGACCAAAUUCAAUGCUAUGAUCUCCGGCCUAUUCCAGCUCGGUUCGGCUUAUGAAUGGGUGGUCACAAAGAAGUCCGGCCGCUCUUCAGAGGGUGACCUUCUGUCUCUUAUUGAAAAAGAGCCGAAGAAGGAGCGCUCUGGCUCUGCACCAAACCUCGAGGCACUUGUAAAGCAAGAACCAAAGCCGAAGAAAGAAUUGAAGAAGAAACACAAUAGGAUUUAUCGAAAGGAAUUGGCACUCGCCUUCCUUCUUUUAACUGCAUCCGCCCGGAGUUUGCUCUCGGCUCAAGGGAUACAUUUCUACUUCCUACUCUUUCAGGGCAUCUCUUUCUUGUUGGUUGGCCUCGACUUGAUCGGCGAGCAGAUUGAGUGAUUAAAACGAUGCAGUAGAAAAAUGUCCGAAGAAUUAUCUAUAGCGAUAUCGAAGGGAGGGAUGUAUCAAAUGGUGUAGAUAAGUUUUAUUGUCAACCUGUUAGAUGAUGAUGGUUCAUUCUUUCAGGUCUCAAAUUCUUUUGUAAGAAAAUUUUGAGAUCAAAUGUACCCUUUUUCUUUUGAUCUUUCAAUUCAAUAGAGUUCUUGUUUUUUCUGCACAA